AUGAACGACAGUUCUAUGUUUGAAGGAUCAGUUAAAAACGAAUACCACUAUUCGGAACUAAAUACUCUAAUGAAUUUAGACAAUACAUCGAACUUAAGGAAAACAUUUUCUAAUUCAAGUGAUUUUCAAGUCAAUAAAAAAAUUCAAACUCAUCAUAUCAAACAAAAAUGCAAUAUCUCUGAUAAAUUAAUUACCCCAAAAGCACAUUUCACAAAACAUUCUAAAAUUCUAAUUAGUACAAGCAAAAAAACGUUUGAUUGCGACUAUUGUAAAAAGUCAUAUAAUACGAAAUCAGAUCUGAUUACACACAUAUUGUGUUGUACGGAAGGAAAGAUCUAUAAAUCGGAUAUUUGUAAUAAAGAGGAUUCUCAAGCAAGAAAUUUAGAAAUGAAUAUAAAGAACCAUACUGGAUUUAAGUCAUUUAAAUGUAAUGUCUGUGAUAAAAGGUUUACUGUGAAAUCACAUUUAUCAAGGCAUUCAAGAACACAUACUGGAGAUAAGCCAAAUAAAUGUGAUAUCUGUGGUAAAAGGUUUUCUCAAACAGGAAAUUUAAAAAUCCAUAAAAUGACACAUACUGGAAGUAAGCCAUAUAAAUGUGAUAUCUGUGAUAAAGGGUUUUCUCAAACAGGAAAUUUAAAAAUCCAUAAAAUGACUCAUACCGGAGAUAAGCGGUAUGAAUGUGAUCUCUGUAAUAAAAGGUUUUUAACAAAAUCAAGGUUAAUAAUACAUUUAAAGACUCAUACUGGAAGUAAGCCAUAUAAAUGUGAUAUCUGUGAUAAAAGGUUUUCUCAAAAAGGAUAUUUAGAAAUCCAUACAAUGACUCAUACCGGAGAUAAGCCACAUAAAUGUGAUAUCUGUGAUAAAGGGUUUUCUCAAACAGGAAAUUUAAAAAUCCAUAAAAUGACACAUAUUGGAAGUAAGCCAUAUAAAUGUAAUAUCUGUGAUAAAAGAUAUUCUCAAGCAGGAAGUUUAAAAAUCCAUAAAAUAACUCAUACCGGAGAUAAGCGGUAUGAAUGUGAUAUCUGUAAUAAAAGGUUUUUAACAAAAUCAAGUUUAAUAAUGCAUUUAAGGACUCAUACUGGAAGUAAGCCAUAUAAAUGUGAUAUCUGUGAUAAAAGGUUUUCUCAAAAAGGAUAUUUAGAAAUCCAUAAAAUGACUCAUACCGGAGAUAAGCCACAUAAAUGUGAUAUCUGUGAUAAAGGGUUUUCUCAAACAGGAAAUUUAAAAAUCCAUAAAAUGAUACAUAUUGGAAGUAAGCCAUAUAAAUGUGAUAUCUGUGAUAAAAGAUAUUCUCAAGCAGGAAGUUUAAAAAUCCAUAAAAUAACUCAUACCGGAGAUAAGCGGUAUGAAUGUGAUAUCUGUAAUAAAAGGUUUUUAACAAAAUCAAAUUUAAUAAUACAUUCAAGGACUCAUACUGGAAGUAAGCCGUAUAAAUGUGAUAUCUGUGAUAAAAGGUUUUCUCAAACAGGAAAUUUAAAAAACCAUAAAAUGACUCAUACUGGAAGUAAGCCAUAUAAAUGUGAUAUCUGUGAUAAAUUGUUUUCUCAAACAGGAAAUUUAAAAAACCAUAAAAUGACUCAUACCGGAGAUAAGCGGUACGAAUGUGAUAUCUGUAAUAAAAGGUUUUUAACAAAAUCAAGUUCAAUAAUACAUUUAAGGACUCAUACUGGAAGUAAACCAUAUAAAUGUGAUAUCUGUGAUAAAAGGUUUUCUCAAAAAGGAUAUUUAAAAAUCCAUAAAAUGACUCAUACCGGAAGGCAGCCAUAUAAAUGUGAUAUUUGUAUUAAAAGGUUUCUUCGAAAAGUAGAUUUGAAAAAGCAUAUCAAGAUACAUACUGGAGAUAAACGAUAUAAAUGUGAUCUGUUUCAACACAAUCAAAUUUAA